AUGCAGGGUGUCGGCCUUUACGUGCCGGCAGGACCAGCGCAGCCGUACACGCAGCAGCUCAUGUCGCAGUAUCAGGUGCCUUAUUUUGGCCCAUAUCCGCCGCAGUUGUCGAUGGGCGCUUCAGCUAGUAUGCCACCGCCUCCAGUACCCCCGCCAACGACGAAUGCUGUGAUCACAGCACCUCCGCCGUUUCAGCUCAUACAGGUGACCCCGGAAGAAAUGAGUUAUAUAUGUAGUGCAGCAGAUGGACAGAUGCAAUGUCAGGCCGAAGAGCCCGGGCAAAACUGCACCGGACUUACACAAACGCAUCAACAGGUUGCCGGAUAUCCACGCCAGUUUUAUCAAGGAGAUCAGUCUGUGGUACGUAAUCAUUUUUUCACUAAAGGUAUAUUGGUUUAG